UAGACAGUCACAUAGCCACCUUUUUUUAAAUAAAAUGUUUUCAUUUCUGUAUAUCGCUGUAUUCGCGAUGCAAAAAUAUGUGACUGCCAAAAAAUGUACUUGCAAAAAUAAUCGCUACCUAUUGAGAAAAUACAAAACUGUAAAAACGUUAAAUUGAUAAUGGGAGGUUAUCAAAUGCACCUACAGAUGUAGUAAACAAAAGUCAGCUGUUUUUGUUGCUCAUAAGAAGACACAGUACUCAGAUAGAGGAACAAUGUUUAUACUACGUUCUAGAUCCCUUACAAACCUAAAAUUCGUUAGAUCUCCAAGCAUAUCUUGCCGUUACGUACAAUAUAACCAAGGUCAAUCUCCGGAGCCAAAAAUUCGCGAAUACUUUUACUAUAUCGAUCAUGAGGGAAUGCUCUUCCUGGACGAUGCAAAGAUGAAAAACUUCACCAGCUGCUUUAAGGAGAAGGAUUUCCUCAAGUUCUUUUUCAACCGACUGCGGCUAAACAAAACGAGCAGAUAUGAAAGCGAAUUUCCAUACAUUUCCCUCUGUGGCCGCGAAAGGAAUUUUAUUAGGUGCGAUGACACACCUGUUGUGUUUACUGAACAGCUGAGGAAGGACGAUACGGAGGUGCUCAGCUAUGCACACGCGGGACAGGUCCUUACCCUGCCUUACGAACCCCACAAACUGUACAUGGAUCCGCGAAACGGAAGGGUCUAUCAUCCAGCUGCGCCACAGGUGGGCGGAAUAGGCCUAGUCCGCUCCAAACUGGCCAUCGAGCUCAGCCAGCACUUUGAGUUUCUCGCUGGCGAGGCUUCCCCCACACAUUUCCAAUGGAACGGAGAACGUUUAGAGUUGCAGAACGAGUGGGUUAACAAUACUCAGCGAUUUCCCAUGAACGAGGAUUGUAAAUAAUUGAAUAACUUUAAUCGUUUUAAAAUUGAGACAACGAUAGAAUAUAACUUACAGAAUAU